UCACAUUCAACCAAUGAGCGGCGCGCGAGCCGAACGCGCGUCCGUCCGGCGAACGUGCGACGUUGCCAGCUUUUACCAGAAAAAAAAAUACCAGAUUCGACCUUCUUAGGACCCCCGGUUUUUUUUUGUUUGGCCGCGUUAUCAUUCGGGAACGUGUAUUGAGGUCCUUAUCCGUUUGUGAGAUGGUUCUGCGCAGGUGGAUGUGUUGUGUUGUGUUAUAGUUUAUUAUGGUGUGGUCCACGCAAACUGGCGAAGUGUUGAUUGACAUCGUAACGAGGCCCGGGCAGACGGAUCACGGGCACGGCGGCGGCGCGCUGGCGUACGGCGGGAAGCCGGCGGCGGGGGGCGUGGUGGCGCCGCCGCAACCCAGACCACCACCCGCAGCACCCUACGCCCCACAGCCUUACGCCCCAGCACAGCUGCGCCUGCACCAGCCAGGAUAUGGAUCAGCGCCAUUAUCAUACAGGGACAGUAGUUACGUCCGCGGCGGCGGUGCGGUGGGCUCGGUGGGGGGAGUGGGGGCGGUGGGCGCGGGCGCGGUGGGUGCGGGCGAGUACCGCGGCGGGCGAGUGUCCCUGCUCGGCGCGGCCUACCUCCCCCCGCCCGCGCCCGCAGCGCACCACCCGCCCCCCGCUGACCCACCGCCUUUCAAGAAGAUCAGGCUCACAGCUGAACGGACACCGCUGCCACACCACCAACCGCUUAGGGUUGAUACUAGGGAGCCGGUGAACCAGUAUAGCACAGUAGAAGUACUAUCUCCAAAUCCACCAUCGGACACCACGAUGGAAGACCAGAGCUUCAGAACCACUAAGGAUGACUUAUUACAACAAAUAUCCAAGGUGGACAGAGAAAUGGCGCUAUCAGAGUCAACAUUAUCAAAAUUAAAGAAGAAACAAGAAGAAUUAGAACAGACAGCCUCGAAGCCAGCACGGGCGGAGGAGCCAGAAGAAACUGUACCACGACACAGAAGUUUAGCACAAUGCGUAUACGCAGAAAAUAGGAAAAAGAUCAGCAUGGAUAAUAAGCGGCAAAUGCAGGCUUCGUCAGCUCACGCAGUGCUGUCCCACCUGGGCCCGCCCGUCCUAUACCCACUGUACAACCAGCCCCAGGACACAGAAAUAUACCACGAAAACAUCAGAAGACAUCGAACGUUUAGGAAGCGACUAGCUGAACAUAUUAGGAAACUAAAACUAGAAGCUGAAAAGCGUGAAGAUGCAUUAGCGGAGGCGUACAGCAGAAGAGCAGCGGACUGGUUGAGACGAGUGGAGAGGAUAGAGCAGGGACAGAAGAGGAAAGCUAAGGACGCGAGGAACAGAGAGUUCUUUGAGAAGGUAUUCCCCGAAUUAAGAAAGCAGAGAGAAGAAAGAGAAAGGUUCAACCGGCUAGGUGCCCGAGUGAAGUCUGAGGCGGAGCUGGAGGAGAUAGCUGACGGGCUGCACGAGCAGGAACACGAGGAUAAGAAGAUGAGGUCGUUGACCGUGGUGCCGCCGCUACUCCGGGACCCCAGCGACACCACGCCCGUCUAUAUUGAUACUAACCGACGAUGUAUGGACAUGGAGGCGGAACACAAAGAGUUACAACUACGGAACGUUUGGUCACAAGCAGAGAGGGAGCUGUUUCGUGAGAAGUAUCUACAGCAUCCGAAGAACUUCGGGCAGAUCGCGUCGUUUCUACCGAGGAAGAGCGUCAGGGAUUGUGUCAGAUUCUACUACCUGUCGAAAAAGGCGGAGAAUUACAAACAGUUGCUAAGGAAGCCGAGACAACGGCGGUCGACGAGGAAUCCCCCGCGGGCGCAGCCAGAGCCCGAACUCCCGGCUGGAGUCACCACCAGGCUACAGCGGAGUCAGGGAACGACAGCGAGGACGGAGAACAAGGAACAGAAUAUGGAAGAGAGUAUGCCGCAGGUCACUGACCCCGUCACCUGCAUACCUAUACCUCCUGCAGCCCCUGCACAGCCGCCCAGGUCGGAGUUAACGCGAACGCCGCCGUUACCGCCGUCCCCGCCGCCGGCGUCGUCCGCGCCGGCGCCGGUGACGUCGACUCCCACGCCGCUGUCCGUGGCCGGGAGUCCGGCGGCCGCGCCGACGCCGCCCGCCGUCGACGUGCCGCUACCGCCCGCGACAACGGCAGAAGUCACGCUUACUAUUACGCCUGUUUCGACACCAAUAACAACGAGUGCAUCAAGCGCAGUGAGUGCAGCAUCGUCUCCGGCGCCGGUGACGUGUAUAACGUCGACGGCGGCGGUGGCGGCCACGCUGUCGGCGCCGGCGGUGUCCGGCGUUGCCAGUGGGACCGGCAGUGCCAGUGGUAGUGGCAGUGGUAGUGCACCACCCACGCCGCAGCCCGCGCAACCACCCACUCCUACACAACCUCCGCCCACGCCAGAGACUGCCGUAACAGAACGCAUCGGAACACCAUCAUCCACAGCCACGAUCACCACAACGACGAUAACCACAACAUCAUCCAAUUGUGCCGUCUGCAAUAACUCCGGAGCCAACCACCUGGUUUCAAGGUCACAGGCUGUCCACUACGGUCUCAAGGAAGAGGCCGUAGGGGCCAGGGUCUGUGAGCCCUGCCACAGUAGGUGCGUUAGGUCCCGAUACACCAGGUGUCCGGUCCCAACGUGCCCUGGCCCGAAGGUCAGCCCCAAAAGACUGAGGCAUCUACCUCCGCGGUGGCACGACUUGAGUUUAGAACAGAAAAGGCCACUUAUGGAAGAGUUCGAAAUCCCGAGCGAGUUAAGCAAGUGUUGUUUCGUUUGCCACAAGACUAUAACGAAGAGGUUAGAAGCGUUAGUGGAGGGAGGGUCGGCGCCUGAACCUACGGAGGAGGAGGCGGCGCGGUUCCGGGCGCUACUGAGGGAACACGGCACCGCAUGGGACCGGAUAGCUGCCGUCAGCGGCAGGACUCCGGCCAGUUUGAAGGCGUUCUACUUUACUUAUAGGAGAAAGUUACAACUAGACACGUUAGUGGCGGACCGUCCGGCGUCGGCGCGGUGUAGCUCGAGCGAGGACAGCGCGCUGUCGUCGGCCGACACGGACACGGCCAGCGGCGGGUCCCCGGCGCGCGCCCCGCCCGCGCAGCCCGCGCCCGCGCCGCGCACCGACGCCGGCCCCCGCCGCCCGCGCCGCGACGAGUACGACUCCUCCGCCACCGAAACUGCCGACGAGGAGAACGAUGCGCCAAGCGCUAAGAUCGUUCCCCCCACGUCGCUCCCGACGGCGGUGUCCGCGGCCGCGUCCUGUAGCCCGGUGACCGUGGUCUCCUCCGGCACGACCACGGUCGUCAACCGCAUGACGGGCGCGCCGCAGACCGUGCGGGACGUGGUCCUCAACCUCAUAGAGAUCAGCCUCACCAAGGACAUGCCGAGCCAGCACCCCAGUAUCAAGCAUCAGAUCAAGGUGACGUCGGCGUGCGCCAGCGGGCGCGAGGCGCUGGCGACCUUGAGCGUGGUGAACAGUUCCCACGUGGGGGCCGCGGGCGCCGCCGGGGCCGCCAGCCCGCAGCGCGCCGCCACCAUCACGCCCGUCGCGCACGUCGCGCCCUCCAACGACAAGGACGUCAUGCUCCUCCACAUAGAACCGCGCCCGGAGCGACCCGAGCGGCCCGAACGACCCGAUCGGCCCGAGCGACACGAACAGCUCCUUAUACGGCAUGAAAGACAUGAGCCCUUACUUGAUCUUAGCGUCAAACGGCCGAGGCAUGAUCAGCCGUUCUCACAUCCUAAUAAGUCGGUAUAUCGAAACUCAACAGAAUACCGGCCACAGCAGGAAAGGGAAUCUCCUAAUCAGUACAAUUCCAAGCCUAAAACGGUCGGAGCGCCGCCAAGACCUCAAGUUAAGGCGUCACCCAACCCCAAAGGUUCAAUAACUCUUGGGACCCCAGUAGAAACGAGGUUUGAGCCUCACAGAAACCCUCCCGAGCCCAAAACGGGGUCAAUUACAGCCGGGACCCCGGUACAUCCUCAUCACUUACCUGACAAGCGAACCCUGGAGUUCUACAAGAGAAGAAGUCCAGGUGGACCUGCGGCGUACUACGCGGCCGCCAGUAGUCAGCCCAGGCCGCAAUCCCCUUCGUUUUCACCUACCGGCUACACUCGUAACCCUUACGGGCCGGAACAGCGUCAGAUAAUCAUGGCGGACUUCAUAACGUCGCAGCAGAUGCAUGGCGGGGCGCGACGCGAGCGGGAGCGGGCCGCCAGUCCUCAGUACCGCAGGGAUGCGAGGGAUGCACGGGAUGCAAGGGAUGCAAGGGACGCCAGGGAUGCCUCCGUCAUACAGAGGCAUACACCCCAUGCAUACCACGCGCAUCCACAUCCACCACCUGAAGAACGUGCAGCAUCCCCGCAGUACCGACAACGAGACGCUUUAUCCGUAAUACAGCGCCACUCCCCGCAACACGUCUAUCCUCACCAGCAUCCGCAGCCGCCGCCAGGUCACGAAGCAUUCACCUCGCUAGUGGACGUGGCGUCGGCGGCGACAGCUCUGCCGGUCCCCCGAGGGUCACAGGCUGACGGUAAGCAGGACAACAAGCAACAACAGCAACAACAACAACAGCAACAGCAGCAACAGCAACAACAUCAUGACCUCAGGUUUAUGCCGCAAAAAUUCCCUAUCGGCUCUCAAUUCACGCAGAUGAUGGACAGAAGAGUACAAUCCCAGCCGCAGUACAUAGAGCGAGACAGACAGCUACAGAUGCAGAGACGAGACGCCGAAAGGGCAAUACACGCGAUACAGGAGCGACAACACGCGCUGGAGCAACAACACCAACAACACCAACAGCACCAACAACACCAGCAACACCAGCAACACCAGCAGAGCCAGCACCAGUCCCACCAGCAACACCACCAACCCCACCACUCCUCGCCCGCGCAGAUACUGCACGACAGACAUCACAUGCAACACUCCAUCCACGCGAUGCAGGAGCGACAAGCCGAGCAACAGCAACAGCAACAGAAGCAACAACAAAUGAUACAGGACAGGCAUCAACACAUUAUGAGCGUAUCGUCGCAGGACGGAGAGCGUCGCAUGAUCCAGUCGGUGACGUACAGCACGCCGGGCAAGCCCAGGGCGCAGACACCGCACCAUAUCGACAGGAAAGAUGCCCGUACAGUGGUAUCGACAGUCCCGGUGGGCGGCGCGGCGCCGGGGGCGGCGGCGGGCGCGGCCCCGGCUGACGGCCGGCCGAGGCCGGCCGAGGGGACGCUCACUGCCGCCUCGCUCAUUGACGCCAUCAUCACGCAUCAGAUCAGCCAGAGCUCGGAUCAGAGGUUCCCGCAACAACAGGAGCGCGUAGAGCGUCCAGUAGGUGUGGGCGGUGUAGGAGUAUCAGUGACCGGGGGCCCGGGCGGGGGCGCGGGCGGGGGCGGGGGCGCGAGCGUGGAGGACGCGGCGCACACCACGUCCAUCAAGCUCGGAGACCUCGCCUCCAACAUCAUCACUCGAGACUUCUGCAGCCCCACCACCUCCGUCAUGCAUCACAAUAACAGAUUCAAUGUGGGUAACUCCGAGGGCUACGUGGCUGGCGCGCCGGACGAGUGGAAGCGCCGCGACGCGCCCAAACACGCGCCCUACCUCGAACCUGUCAGCCCGCCUGACAACCAUCCUGCCAACAGAAACAACAGCAACCGUCGCUACAGUUGCGUGGGCUCGUCCUCAGUGGGCGUGGGCGUGGGCAGUGGGGUGGGGGGCAGCGGCGCGGGAGGGGGAGUACUGACGGCGUUUGAUUACGUCACGAACCGUAUCGUGGAGGUGAUGCGCUCGGACGCGGACGAGCGAGCCAAGCCCCUCGCAUUCCCUACCACUGCAUACGCGUACCCGUACUCAGCGCUCAACGUACAGGCUGCAGGGGAUGCGGCGGCCAACAGUACGGCCCCGAGUACGUCGGUGUCGACGCCGGCGCCCCCGCCGCCCGUGGAGCCGGCGCCGCUGAUGUCGGCGCAGUACGAGCCGCUGUCGGACGAGGACUGACGCCCCGCGCCCCCCGCGCCCCCGCCCCGCGCGCCCCCGCGCCCCCGCGCACACCCCGCCCCCGCCUAGCAGCGGCGCUGCUCCGUCAUCACGCGCACUCACUCCACGGAGUAACGUACACCAUCAUAUAUCCCACGAGUGGCAUUGUGGCAGUGUAACAAACUGUACCAGCGCAGUGACAGUACAGCGACAGUGCAGUAACAGUGCAGUAACAGUGCAGUGACAGUGCAGUGACCGUGCGCCGUACGGAGCGGCCUCGACCGAGCCAGGACAUGCCGGGCACUCGUGGUGGUGCCCGGCCCAUACUUUCCAUGUUAUUGUUUAUGUAAACUCAUGUAAAUACGUACGAAGUUUUUUUACAAACGGAUUCUUAUAGUGACGUGUAGUAUUCUGACAAAAGACAUUGAACACAAAGUAUCGAUACCGUACUGGGUGCAUUUCGUGUGAUCUCGGAGUACGUGGGAGUGCAGACCUCGAUGUAAUCGUGUAGAGACGAUGGUACUAAAUUGUAUAUUUAUAUCUUGUUUUGUAAUGCAGGGAUUAAAUACCGUUCAUGUGUUGUGGGAGAGCUUUAAAUGUCCGGUAGUAAGCGAUUUGAUUGACGAUCACGUCGGCGGCACGUCGCGUCACGUCCGCGCCACGUCCGCGUCACGUCCGCGCCACGCACGUGGCACUCGAUACGCUUAUGAACAUUAUGCUGUCGAUUAGUGAGAAUACGAUUAUGAAUUGUUAUUUAUUUAGUUAUGAAGAUGUUUCUGUAUUUGGUCGAGCAACAGAGCGGGUCCCCCGCGUCCAGCACUGCCGCUAGUGACUAGUGUCCGUGGUACUAGUUUGUAAUCCAGUCUUCCAUCGCCGCUCCGAUGUAGGCGCCGCGCUCGCGACUCGUCCAUGUGUGUGUAGCUCCACUAGCCCACUCGGCCUGUACAUUGUACAGAAUGUACAGUGCGACGACCACUAUAUACCUUUUGUAUUGCUUCGCUUCGGAUUUCGCUGUCGCCUCAUCCACUAGGUUAGAGUGCGCGUAGUUGAAUUGAUCAUUUGUUACUUUCGUAUUGUAAAUACCAUUAUGUCGUUCGUUUCAUGUAAACUUUGUGUAUAUCGGCCCGCCACAGCGAAGUCCGGAACGGUCUCCGAGCUGAUUGAAAUCGAACUAGCCUCGACUCGGGAACUGUGUACACCCUACUAUAUGUAUAGCGUAACGUUAACGGAGUAGCGUAAGUUAUAUAAAUUAUAUACAUAUGUAAAAGUGUAUGGUUAUUAUGUAUAUGCAUUUGUAAUUAUACAGGUUAGCUAAGAGUUGAAUUAGAGAUUUGAUUUGGUUUUUUAGUUAGGAGGGCCCCCGAGGCCGGUAUAAAUAUAGCGGGAGAGGAGAGCGCCGCCGCCGCCGCUCCACGAGCCGCGCCCGUGCGGGGGCUGCGCCCUGCGGGGCUCCGCCACCCACCGCCGGAGCCUGUCCGUCAGUUUUAUGACUACCUCCCUGUUGUAUAAAGCCUACCCUCCCGACUUCACUAUAGUAUUAAUGUAGGCGGGUACUGAGCAGCGCGCGGUGUUUUUGUAAAUGUUUUCGAGUUAUGUGUAAAAAACGACUGAUUAAAUUUACUUUGAGCGAGUGUAUGGGUGGCGCGGCGGCGGUGGCGGUCGCGAACACAUUGUGAUUUCUUUAUAAAACGUUGUAAUGUACUGUAAGUAGCCCAAGAAAAAAAAAUAAUCCUGUAAGUCCGAACAUAAGCGAAAAAACAACUUUUGGGAGGACAAAUCAAUAAAAUAAGAUGCAAAUCUAA